AUGAUUGUUAGAAUCAAGAAACACUUCUACUGGCCUUUGUUAGCCAAAGAUUGCGUGGACUUUACCGCUGGUUGUCUUACUUGUCAACGACGUAUGAAUGUUGUCAAUCUGGUUGGUAAAGGUGUUUUGCUAUCCACGGACUUCAACAUAUUGGUAUCCGUUGAUGCCAUUGGACCAUUCAUGUAUAAGAAGAAGUCCUACAAUUUAAUCACCAUGAUCGACAACUUGACCAAAUGGGUUGAAGUUGGCAUACUCGAAGAUGGUACUGCCUUGACAGCAUGGAACUUGGUUUACUCCAUGUGGAUCUGUAGACUAGGCGUACCGAUGAAAAUGCUAACUGAUAAUGGAGCCAUGUUUACUGGAAGGGACUUUUGUGAUAAAGUCGAAUCAUUGGGCAUCCGAACCAGCAAUGCGACACCGCAAUAUCCUCAAGGUAAUUCGAUGGUGGAGUCAUUCCAUCAUUUCCUAAAAGGGGCAUUAUCCAGGACAAGUGUGAAUAAUUGGUCCUUUGAAGAAGUACUUGCCUCGGUACUUUAUGCGUAUCGAUCCACUCCGCACAUCUCUACUGGCGAAUCACCUUAUAGACUACUUACGGGGAAUGAUAUGGUACUGCCCCAUUUUCAAGCAUGGACGAACUAUGAGACUCUGGACUCACGAGCAGCACAUCGAUAUAGUCUCAUUACCCAGUUACGUUAUGAAGCGUUUGAACAGGCCAUUAGUCGACAAGCGUUAACAUCCACAAAGAAGGAUGACAGGAAGUUCGAACUCGGUGAUGUGGUGAUAUACCAAUUAACUAAGAAGGACAGUGAGAAGUUAGUAAAAUACUAUGGUACUGACAAACUCAUGCCUGCUUGGUCCGAACCCAUGCGAAUUACCAAAGUUCUACAUCCGCAACAAGGAACUUAUUUGCUUGAAUCUGUCUGGCAUAAAGGCUUUAAACGCCAGGUGAAUAAAACGCAGCUACGUUCUUUCUAUCCAAUGCCAGAUCCCAGAUUUGAUGAAUGGUACAGGACAGAGGCCGCUAGAGAUCGUCAGUAUCAGACACAAGGUUCAGCCGCUGAACAACAGCGUCGAGAACGGCUGGAAACAGCUGAGAAGUUGGGUGUCCGUGACGAACGUG